AUGACAAAGUAUCCCCUUUGUGUAACUGUAUUUGUGAAGGAUUGUGAAUUAACUGAUAGAAAUUUAGAUGAAGACGGAGUUGGAAUAUAUGGAGGUGAUACAGCUGAUACACAUGCAUUAGUGCUUGGUGUGUCAUUCGUCAUGCCAUUGAUCACAAGUUCCAGUGGAAAAACAAAUAGAUCAAGUCAAAUCAGUCAAAACGUUAAUAUUUUUGGAGUCACUUCUGACCCUGGCCAUGGAAUAAGCAUCGGAAGCUUAGGGAAUAAGCCAAAUAAAGUUGUCAAGGAUGGACAUGUUAAAAAUUGUACUCUUAUAGCUACUCAAAAUGGAAUGAGGAUUAAGACUUGGGCAUCAUCAAAUGUUGGUGAAGCUGCAAUUUGA